UUGUUGAAUCUACCCAGCGGCAAUGCUGGAGAAUACUACGGUGGCGGAGUCUAAUAAGCCUCGUAAGCACCGCCUGUAAGAAAGUCUUAGUCCGGCCUAUAUUGCCGUCUUACUCGCCCGUCCCUCCCAGACGUCGACUCCUUUGAGAUCUUGGCGCUCCGUAAGAUGAAAUUCAUUGACGCCCACCGUACCUAUCCUUCCUAACUUCAUUCCCCAAGAAGAGAAUAAUAAAAUGAAAACGACAAUAUGUCUCAUGGAAUAGAUCCCGAUAUUGAAUGGCUUUUUGAUCUUAACGGCAAACAAACGUACGACGAUGCAUUUCUCCCCUCAAUUGAUUUCGAACCCCCAAAGAGCUCCGAUAACCCAAUAUUAUGCGUUCGAUGUCGCGCGGUUGGACAUCAAGCUUCGGAAUGUAGAACGGUGAAACAUGAUUUUACGCCUAUGGAAACACUAUAUGUACUCGCGAGCACAGCGGAUGAUGCUCCCCUCUGCGAUAGUUGCAGCCCCAUAUGGCCAGACCUCACGAUUUUCAUGGCUAAAAGAAUGGAGUUUGGUAGUUACUUCAAUCUCGGGUCUGCCAUCCACAGAGUCCUUCGCAGUACUUGUCCUUUGUGCCGAAUGGUUUUCGUAUGUUUGGACGGGAGCACCAUCCCUUCGACCGGUUUAGAGGAUCUGGAUAUUUUUCUUUCCCCGCGGUGGGCCAGUGAAGCGCUGGGGUCGUUGUUGAGCUCAUUUGACAUGAAAGGAUAUCACGGGAGGUAUUUGGCCGCAACCUUCGGGAAACUCAAUAAGUACGGAACUAUUGGGGUCUUGGAAGAUCCAAAGAGCCCUGCCAUGUGUCUGUCUGCCGGGGUUUCGGACGUGGACCUUCAUAUUAGACAUUUGAAUCCUAUUAGGGUCGACAUCGAUAUUGUUAAAGGCUGGAUCGAUGGCUGCGCCAAGCAUCAUGGUGCAUCUUGCUCGCCCACCUGGGAUGAUAAGCAGCGUCAAAUGCGGUUGCUUGAUGUUCGUACUCGCAAGAUUGUUCAAUACCCGCAGGACGAAAGAGUAGCGUACGUUGCUCUAAGCUACGUCUGGGGAUCGGUCGAGCAGGGGGAAGAUGCUAUACAUAUCACAAAAGACCUCGGGAUGGACUAUCUUUGGGUAGAUUCGAUCUGCAUCGAUCAAGCUGACAAAGCUUACUUGGAUCAGCAGAUACAGCUUAUGGAUCUCAUUUAUCAGGGCGCAACGUUGACAUUGGUUGCCCUCAAGGGUAACAAUGCGAAUUCUGGCCUUGCACGGGUGAGGCCAAGAGAAAUGACUUAUUCUAAAAUGACAUUACCAUCGAUACUCUCGAUAUGGGUUACCCGUGGUUGGACGCUGCAAGAGGCUUUGCUCUCUCCGCGCUGUCUAUACUUUGCAGACAACCAAGCUUACUUCGAAUGCAAUGUCGCCCAAGCCUGCGAGUUAAUUUUCAACUUGGCCUCGCGUCAGGAAAAUCACGCGAGCGACGGGAUGCUUAAAAUGCCGCUUGGAAUCGGAACCUCCAAAUUGCUAAUAGACACGUCCAACUUUGCACAGUUCAUGAACCCUUUUGCGCGGACAUCAGAUCGGCAGGGUGCCGUUGGAGAAUCAAACCAAAUCGAGGCGUAUUCGCUAAGGUCGAUCAGAGAAGACUCUGAUGCGAUUAACGCUAUAUCAGCAGUGUUAAAUCGGCUCGAGGCUUCACACCUAACUUCUGGUCUAGUAUGGCGACGGUGUAAUUUCCCUUCAUGGUCGUGGGCAGGCUGGAAAGGGCCUAUUGAUUUUGUUUCGUGCGAAUUCAGCCAGCUUUUUUGUAACUUCUACGAGGGCGUAGAGUUAAACCGGACGCAAGAAGCUGAACACACGUCUUUCGGGUUCAACGCAAUUGAUAUUCCGAGUUCUAAGGAGAAGGGCACGCUUCUAACGCUAUCCACUGGCGCCUUGUAUUAUUUCGACGGGGAUGAGCCAGACUAUUACAACUAUACCCACUGUAACUACUACUCUGACGAGGAUGAGGGUGCCUAUUCGGACGACUAUUGCUCCGAAGAAUACGGUUCUAGCGAGUAUGGUUCUGAGGAGGAUGAAUUUAUGGAGGAUGAAUCUGAGGAUGAAUCUGGCGAGCCGGAGUCCGACGAGCAGGGAGAGGUAGAAGAGAUUGAUGGUAACAAAUUCGACUGCUUGCUAAUAGGACAGGUAGAAGAGGCUCGCUAUUCCGACCAAUUCUACUUUAUAAUCCUCGAGUGGGUAGAAGGGAUCGCAUAUAGAAAGGGGCUGUUAUUGGAGAGUUGUAGAGAUUCACCUUGGGACAGGUUCGGGACACUGAAUUUCCAGACGGCGCAAUGUCCUAGAAUACAACGUUUCCUCCUUGGUUGA